AUGCCUCUUGACGAGGACGGAGAUUCAAGUGAUGUGGACAGAGGGAAGGACAACCCUGGACUCAGUUCGGCAAAAUCAUCCAAAAGACUUAAUCAGAUUGACUGUGUUCGAGCCAACGGGGUUGGCGAUCAUAUCGCGCUCCCUCAGUUGGCAGUGUCUGGUGAUCAGUCGGCUGGAAAAAGCUCUGUUCUCGAAGGUAUCACCGGAUACCCUUUUCCUCGCAAGGACGGACUCUGUACACAGUUUCCUACCGAGAUAGUACUGCGCCAUGACACUCAAGUCAGUUCGAUGACUGCAAGCCUUCUGCCUAGUCAAUCUCGUUCUCCUGAGGAGAAGAAAAAGUUCGCGGGAUUUCAACGAGAAUUUCAAGAUUUCAACGAAUUACCAAUGAUAAUCCGCGAAGCUUCCUAUUAUAUGGGGGUUCGAGGAUUCAGCGAACUUGUCGAUGCACCUGGUUUCGCUGCGGAUGUUCUUAGACUCGAAUUGGUCGGCAAUACGGGGCUUCAUCUGACUUUGGUUGAUCUGCCGGGAUUGAUAUCGGUCUCGGAGGACGAGGAAGACGUUGAGAUCGUGCAACGUUUGGUUGAUUCAUAUCUGGAGAGCUCUCGUACAAUAAUACUUGCUGUUAUUCCGGCCAGCAGCUCGAUGCAGAGACCCAACGCAUUAUUCAACGAGCGCGUCAUUUUGACAAGGAGGAGAAGAAAGAGUGGCUCGCUUGGCGAAAAACCUGGAUCGCACAAAGUUGAAUCUUGGCUUCUUUCUCGUCAAAAUCCCUCCCCGGACGAAUUAGUGGACGGAAUCAGUUUUCAGCAGCGCCAUCGGGUAGAAAUGGAGUUCUUCUCCAGUCAACGUUGGAAGGCCCAGGGAAUUGAUUCUACGAGAAUUGGGAUGAACAAUUUACGUUCAUUCUUGGAGGAAUUGCUGGAUAGCCAUAUCGAGCGAGAGCUACCGAAGGUUCAGCAGGAGGUUCGACAUCUAUUGCAGCGGGUGGAUGAUGAAAUAAUUAACCUUGGGAUUGAGAGAUCAAACGCAACGCAAGUUCGAGUAUUUCUCACUCAGAUCAGCACUGAAUUCUAUGGAAUUGUCAAGAAUGGCCUUGAGGGAAACUACGAUAGCUGGGACGGCGAUUUUUUUGCAACUGGUCCGGAAACUUGCCGUCUGCGUGCUGCGAUCCAUAGAGAAAAUGAGCACUUUGCCGAAUAUAUGAGGAACCAUGGCCAACGGAGAAAAGUUGUCGCUUCUGAUUGCGAUAAACUGGGAGAGGAAAGCGACGAGGAAAGCGAAGAGAAAAGCAAAGAGGAAAGCGAGGAAGACAAGAAUAAAGAGCUUUUGGUUACAGAGAAAGAGAUGUUUUCUUGGAUUAAAGAGAUGUAUCACCAAACCAGAGGUCGCGAGCUCCCAGGAAAUUACAACCAUUCUCUCCUUCAACGUUUGUUUCACAUCCAAUCAUGUCGCUGGAAAGAGAUCUCUCGAGCCCACAUUGAGUCCGUCGUGAGCUUGGUGACUCAGUUUGUGCGCCAGGCCUUGAAGUUCGUGGUAAAGGAUGCCGGAGUCUACGAUAAAUUGCAGAAGCACAUUAUGACUACGUUCAAUGAGAAUACCGGCAAUGCUCAUGGGGAACUCUCCAAGCUCAUACAAGAUGAAAGAGGUCACCCAAUUACCUACAAUCACUACUAUACUGACAACAUUCAAAAAGCGAGACAUGACGAAGCGAAGGAAAGCAUUCGAACAUCAGUCAAGAAAGCAGCUGAAUCGGAUUGGGGCGGCAAUGUUUACUUCAGCAACACUCCUCACGAAAUGAAUCGAAUGAUUUUAGCUCUACAGAAACGCGUGGAGGUUAAUAUGGUUGACAGAGCCUGCUCCGAGGCAUUGACCGAUCUGAAUGCAUAUUACAAGGUUGCCAUGAAAACAUUUGUGGACAAUGUGUGCCGACAGGUGAUUGAAAGGCAAAUUCUGUCCAAAUUGGGAGGGGCAUUUCACCCAACAGUUGUGAGUAAGUUUUCAGACGAGGACCUAAUGCGUCUCGCUGGCGAGUCACAAAAAACUAGCCGUCAACGUGUUGAGACGGUGCAAUUGAAACAGAAGCUGGAGGCAAGUCUACGAGAAUUAUCCACUUAG